CAAACUUUUAUCCGCAAGUGCAUAAGUACACAACAAAAAACACAGAGACGCGGACGUUAGGUCCAAAUAAAACUUAAGUAACACGUUCAUUUUGAAUUACUAUCAAUGAAGAGAACUCGUAACGAUGCUGUUAAAGCGGCUGUUUCUUCCUACUUAGAACGACGAAAUUAUCCUGACAUUGAAAUAUUUAGUAAUAGCAAUUCCACAAGUCGCAGUGCUGAAGAAAUGGCAGUGGCUACUAUUGUUCAAUGUGAAUCAAGUCGAGCCAACUCCAUCCUCUUUUCAUGCAUCAACAAUGAUUCCGCUCAAUAUGAUGUACAAUAUACCAAACUGUUUAAUUAUAUAAAAGAAAUAAAGAUAGAGACAGUAAAAAAUGAAUUGCUUAAUUUACUAGCCCCAUUACUUUGUCAUCUUUAUUUGGAAAUGCUUCGUGGAGGGCAUGGUGGAGCUGCACAAAUGUUUCUCAAGAGACACAUAGCAACAUUACCACAAAAAGAUCUAUCAUAUCAUCAACCUAUUGAUGGGAACUUGCCGUCAGCACUAUACAGACCAAAUAGCUUAGAGCAACUGUUUAACUCUUUACAAAAUGGUACAAUUGACAAUGAGACCCCAGAAAAGGACUACAUGAAUCAACUGCUAGAUGACAUUGGCACAAUAUAUACUUUACAGGAAAUAGAAUCAAGACCUACUAUAGCAGCUUUCAGGUCUUGUAAAUAUGAUAUAUAUCUGUCACAAGAUUCUCUAAACAUGUUGAAGUCAUACUUAGCAAAACAUGGUCAUGUGUUGUUAAUACAAGUUUUGCAAACCUGGUUCCACAUUGAUAUGAACAAUGAUUCAAAUAAAAAGAAUUCUGAAGAUGAUGAGUCUCAAAAUGAAGGUGUCAACUCACAUGUAGUGAAUAAUGAUGAAAAACCAAUGGAUAAAAAUGACAUAUUUUCAAAGUGCAACGGCCAUGCAGAAUGUCAGAAUGUGGAUCAAGAACUUAGAGAACUGCAGGAUGCUAUAAAAGGUGUUCGGGAGUCUAUGGCACCGCUUAAGUUGUAUAAAAUAGCUGCACCUGAUACUCACUUAGUGUGCGCUAAGACGGAUACUAGUUGCAACCUGCUGUGUGGUGGGUUCAGCAACUCGGAGAUUAGGUUGUGGGAGCUCGGUCAAAACAAUGCAAAGCGCAGGAUCAAUCGCAACAUAUCAGAGAUAGAGCUCGCAUGCCAUGUGCCACCUGAACCCGAAGCGCCCGAUGAUAGCACUUUCCAGAUAGGCACUGGGUUGCCACUUCGCGGACACUCUGGUCCAGUGCAAGCGGUCAGCAUUUUAGGAAGAGAACAACUUGUUUUGUCCGCAUCACAUGACAAUACUAUGAGAGCCUGGAGACUUUCGGACUACUCGUGCGCUUCUAUUUAUAGAGGUCACAAUUAUCCUAUCUGGUGUAUGGAUGUAUCUAAAAACGGUCUAUUUAUUGUGACCGGCUCAAAUGAUAAGACAGCAAAAUUAUGGUCCCUAGAUAGAACGUUCCCGGUUCGCGUAUUCGUUGGACACAUGUCAGAUGUCACGUGCGUGAAGUUCCACCCGAACGAGGCGUACAUGGCGAGCGGCGGCGCGGACCGCAGCGUGCGGCUGUGGGCGGUGUGCGACGCGCGGCUCGUGCGCGUGCUGUGCGGACACCGCGCCGCCGUGCGCGCGCUCGCCUUCGCACCCGCCGGCACACAUCUUGCCAGCGCAGGUGACGAUAAAAAGAUUAAAGUGUGGGAUCUAGCUGCUUGUACAUGUGUACACGAACAUAGGGGGCACCAUGGUAAAAUAACAGCAUUGGACUGGUCGGCGGUGGGCAAAGCAAGUCUCACCAAUAGGAUUGUGUUAGAACACAACAAUACUUCUGAUGAUAAUUCUCUCUUAUGCUCAGCCGGUAUGGAUGGAGUUGUAAAGAUUGCAUGGGACAGCUAUUCUAAAAACAAGCAAGUUUCUAGUCCAGAAAUGCUGACAACUACCUACAGUACAAAGUGCUCCUAUUUAGUUGAUGUACAAGUUCACCCAGAAUGGCUUGUUGCUAUCGGAACCAAUAGAUAAUCAUAAUAAUGUCAUGUACAUAA